AUGGAAACAAAAAGGAUGGAAAAAUGUAUUGUGCAAAAAUAUAGUCGAACGAUUUGGCAAAGGAUUUCUCACUUGCGACAUCGGUGCAGUCUUUUAAAUCAGUCCCAAACUUGGAUAGAUACAAUACAGCUCUACCAUUGGAAAAAUAUAAAUUAUUGCAAGGUUCCAAAAUGUGGAAGUACGUUUUGGAUGCAGGUAUUCUUGGUUCUGAACAAACUAAAAAAUGUCACGGAGAUUUUUGGCGAAAAGCGAUCUUCACAACAUAUCAUUCCAAUGACUCAGAUUUCAACCUGGAACAGUUUAUCUGGUUCUGACGUUAUAUUUCACGUGACAAGGAAUCCAUACUCACGUUUAUAUUCGGCAUACAUCGACAAAAUAUUUCUUCCAGGAUUUUCAAAAUUAGCCAGCGAUAUUAAUAAAAUGAAUGGAAAAUCUUGCAACAAGUCCGUCAGCUUUGAGGAGUUUUUGAAAUUCAUCCUGGCUGAUUUUCUUUACGAAUCGCACUGGCAACCCAUAUCAUCUAUGUGUGCAUCAUGCUCUGUGCCUUACAACGUCAUUAGUAAGCAAGAAACAUUCAACACAGAUGUCCAUUUCAUCCUCGAUCAAUUAAACAUAUCCAACCUUUUAAAGCAAGAGUUUUUGAAAAAUAUAGUGAAAAAACGCACGGAAAAUUCAGUUAGAGAGAUCACCAAAGUCAUGAUAGAAUUAGCUAAAAUCGCCCCGUGUUUAACAUAUUUACAGUUUAGUAAAAGAUUAUGGAAAUCUUUUCAAAUUCAAGGAUACAUAUCCGAUUCAGUAUCUUUUCCGGUGAGGAAGUUCAAGUCUCUUAACUUUGAUAAUGUUGAAGGCACUGUGCGGGCAUAUUUAGAAGGUAGUAAGAAAGAUAUUUUGCAGGAAACGAAGAAGAAAGUCCAACGACAGCGAUAUCUGGCGAGAGCAUUUUCAACACUCAAAUCGAGAACGAUUCAGAACAUUCAAAAGGCAUACAAAAAUGACUUCGAUUUAUUCGGUUACUCGUACGAUUUACCAAAGGAACAUUUGACAUAA